GAGCAUUGCAAAAGCGGAAAGGUCACGCUCCGGAGUCUGAGUCCGAGCUAUGGAAGUUGAGGAUCCCCAGGAGUCGGUGGAUGUCUCUGUGGUGUUUGCCCUAUGCAGCGGCAGAGGUCGCUGCGGCCUGGCCUAUGUAGACUUGGACGAGCCCGAAAGGGUCCUGCGGGUGUCGGACUUCAUGGACCCCAACUUCUGCCAGUUGGACCGCCUCAAGCAGCAGCUCUUGGCGCCGUCCGGAGCGACACGCUCGGGGCUGUGCCUGGUGCCUUCCCGGAGCCCCGCGGAGCUGCUGAAGGCUGCGGCGCGGCCCCUGGGCGAGGAGGCUGCGAGUGAGCCCUUCCCCACGGCCACGGUGAAGGCUGGGGACUUCGAGGCGGAAGCCGGCCAGGUGCGUUUGCAGCAGCUCUUCGCCAGCUUGGGGGAAGACGCCUAUCGCAUCAAUCCUUUGGUGGCCUUGGAGCGGAACGAACAGCUGCUGCGAGCGGCGGGGGGCUUGCUGAGGUUCCUGGAGCAGAAUCGGAUCCUCCUGGGGGACCUGGAGGGCCAAUGGCAGGGGCCCAUGGUGCAGGACGUGCGGAUCUUCUCGCCGGAGGACACUGUCUUCGUGGACUCUCAGACCAUGAUCGCUCUGCAGAUCUUUCAGGAGCAGCAGAAGUUUCUGCUUCGCAGCUCGAAGCCACGGGAGGGGCUGUCCCUCUACGGUCUCCUGGAGCCUCUGGCAGCCUCCAGUGCUGGGCGCGCCAUGCUGCGCAGGUGGCUCAACCAGCCAAGCCGGGACCGUGAGCUGCUGCAGCGCCGCUUCGGGGCGGUGGAGCAUUUGCUGAGCUUACUGGCUGGGCCCAAUGCUGAGUUGGCUCGGCAGCUGCACCGCGAGCUCAUGCAGAUACAGGACUUACCCAGGCUUCUCUCGCGCAUGCACCGCUGCUACAACUUCGACAAUAUGUCGGACUGGCGGUCCCUGAUCACCACGCUGCACCACAUGUCCACGCUGCUGGGGCUGCUGCAGAACCCUCAGCUCAAGGGGGGCUUGCCAGACCUGGCAGGCCAGCACGUGCUGAGCGACGUACAGGCCGCGGAGCGGCUUCUGCAACGGGUGGUCGACUGGGAUGCCAGCGGCGCAGGUGAGUUCGAUGCCAGCUUGGUCCGCGUGCAGAGCGGCGUGGAUCAGAGCCUGGACGAGCUCCGGCACCAGCACGCGAACAUCGAUCAGCACCUCACGAAGAUUGCACGGCUAGAGCGACGCCGCCUAUCCCAUCUUGGGGAUCGGAUCUCGUUGGAGGGCAUCCUCUUCCACUACUUCCCUCAGCUGGGCUUUCACUGCUCCAUCCCGGACGAGCAGCUGGAGGAGCAGCCUGCAGUGGCGCCGGACUGGCGCUUCCAGUUUGAAGGCUAUGGCCGGUUCUUUUACAAGUGUGACAUGGCCCGGCGGCUAGAUUGCGAAGUUGGUGACCUGGUCAUUCAGGCCCGAAAAGUCGAGCUGGAGAUCUUGAUGCAGCUGCUAUCGCGGCUGCGGGUGCUGGAGCCAAGGCUGCGGGCAGUCUUCACGCGCCUGGCGGAGCUGGAUGUGCUGCUCGCCUUUGCCGGGGCGGCGCUGCAGCACCGCUGGCGCCGGCCCAAGCUGGCGGAGAAUGCCGCGGGGCGGCUCCACGUGGUUCGGGGCCGGCACCCCUUGGUGGAGGCGGUGGGCGGCGGCAAGCACGGGUUUGUGCCCAACAGCACGGAGAUUGGCGUGGAGGACGAAGGCAAUGACAUGCACCGGGUGCAGGUCAUCACGGGCGCCAACCUCGCGGGGAAAUCCGUGUACCUGAAGCAGGUGGGGCUGAUCACGUUCAUGGCGCACGUGGGUUGCUUCGUGCCGGCGGACGAGGCGGAGCUUGGAGUCUGCGACUUCAUCUUCUCCAGGAUUCAGAGCUGCGAGACCGCGUCGACGCAGUGCUCCUCCUUCACCAUGGACCUCUGCCAGCUGUCCCUGGCGCUGCAGCACGCCACAGAGGCCUCCUUGGUGCUGCUGGACGAGUUUGGGAAGGGCACGCGGGCGGCGGACGGGGUGGCGCUGCUGGGCGCCACGGUGGAGUACCUCUGCCGCCUGCCCCGCGGGCCCAAAGCGCGGGGCCAAGUUCUCGUUCUCUUGACCACCCACUUCACGGAGAUCUUCCGUCUGAACUUGGUCUCCGAGACGGAGCGAUACCUGCAGCUCAGCCACUUGCGGGUCCUGCCGGCAAAGGAGACGGAAGGAGAUCAGGACGAAGAGGGCCCAUCCAUCGCGUAUCUCUACCAGCUGGUGGAGGGCUGCUGUGAGAAGAGCUUCGGCCUGGACUGCGCGCGCCAGGCGGGGCUGCACCCGGAGGUGCUGAGCCGCGCGCAGCAGAUCCUGUCCAGCAUCGAAGCCGGGCGGCCCAUCGAACGCGUCUCCGUCGAUGAGAAAGACUUGGCGCGGAGCUGGGGUGUCAUACGACGGCUCUGCGCACUGGACACCGAGGAUGAGAUCGCCGCGAAGGCGUUCCUGGCCCAUGUGGCUCAGGAACAUCUACUGGGCCAGCUUGGGGGCUGAGCCAAAGCUUGUGGGGGUUGGAAUUCGUGACCGGAGUUUGCAGGGGCGCAAGCUGAGAGCCGUCAAAACCUGGGUGAAGGUCAGGCGACAGUCGCAACCUCGGUGCGGCUGGUCUGUUCUUUCUUUUCUGGUGACUCCGGAUAAAUUAAAC